AUGUCUCUGGCCAACGCAUUCUACAACACUAUUGUCCGGCGCAACAGUGUGUUCGUACCGACUAUCUUCGUCGGUGCGUUCGCGUUCAGCAUCGGCUUCGACGUCGGCAUCACAGGCUUCUGGGACAAGUGGAACAAGGGGAAGCAAUGGAAGGACCUCCGUGACAAGUACCUGGAGGAGUCGUAG